AUGUCGGACAUUCCUACUAUCGCGCCGCUCGUGGAAAAACUGGAUUCCCAGUUGGAUAGAUUGGAGGAUGCGCUUGAGCCUUUGCUGGGCAAUCUCAGCGAGAUGGCGUCCCAGCUACCCUUACUGGAUCGAGCAAAGCUGUACUCGCUGACGGCAUACGCUCUUGAAUCUCUGCUGUUCUCUUCCAUCAAGGUCCAGGGGGCCGACGCGCAGAACCAUGCAGUUUAUAACGAACUCAAGCGAGUUCAGCAGUACUUUGCAAAGAUCAAGGCCGCCGAAGAGCCUGAUGCCAAACGGACGCUGAGCGUCAACCAGGAGGCUGCUGCGCGCAUCCUGAAAGCUGACUUGAGUGACAACAAGACUUUGAGCGCUAAGCUGGCCGAAAAGAUUGCCGAAGAACGCGCCAAGGCUCUUCUCAAAUCAGCAGCAGAGAGCAAGAAGCGCGGUGCAGAUGAGACUGCACAAGCCACUGGCUCUGAGGCUAGCGGAUCAUCAACCAAGAACAAGAAGCCCAAAACAAAGGGCAAAGGCAGAAACCGGAGCUGA